AUGUCCGGCGACUCUUGGAUGGAUGGCUCGCGUUUUUUGGAAACCGACGAGAGGAAGCACGAUCUGCCGAAUACUUACGACAAGUUUAUGGCCUACCUCAAGCCGGACAUCAUGUAUUAUCUGCCGAAAUUCUUCCACGACAGCACUGCAGACGAUAUUCUUAACCCGUGGAACUCCACCCAAUGCGUGAUGGCUGCGCAAGCGGGCUCUAUGCUACGAAACCGCUCCGUCCCCGGCGGUCCAAACAACCCCGCAAACGACAUCGCGAUUCGGGACACCGUGACGGAGCACGACCGCAUCGUGGUGCACGUCUCGGGCAAUGACUUGCACCAAAGUUGUAUCUUGCCGCAAGUUCUCUAUGGGAAAAGUCGCCAAGCGAUCAUCCAAGGACUUUGGAAUGGAUCUUUAGAGCGAGAGGUCAUCGACGCACUCAGGACUCUGUGGCGGGAAAAUUUUCCGAGAUAUUUGAAGUUUUUGACCGAGAGGAAAAAACCGAAGGAAAUCAUCCUCCUUGGCCUCCCGAGGACGCGCCCCGGCUACUUUAGAAACCACAUCGGCAUCAACGCGGUUCUUGGGAUAUUACAGUGAAAAGGGCACCCACGACCUCCACCAUGACCACGAGAGAGUAUGAGUAGACCAAACAGAAACAGCUUGUGUUGCAAACUUGCCAGCACACGGAACAUCAAAUAUAAAACCUUCUGUAUUUUUGCAUAAAGUGCUGAAUGCGACGCAUUUGGUAGCAGUAUCUACGCCAUUAUUGUGCAGAUUCAACAUGACAGACAUCGUUGAUGCUGUGGCGCUGUGAACCUCCACAGACUUUGGCUACUCUGGCUUGCAAAUUUGUCAUGCUGGUCCGUGUAAUGGAAAUGAUGAUGUGGGAGAUGAUGUUUCCGUUGAGAGUUAUUCAUUUUUGCCAUGCAAACAGAACACGAACACGUCCACAUUCUGUGGUGGGGGCACUUUUCUAUUUGAUACGGGAACUCGUUUCUGGCCUCGAGUGGGACGACUGCGAUCGUGAAUAUCUUCUACGGCAGCUUGCUCCAAGCAAGCUUUCCGGUGUUGAGGGAUACACUAGAAGAAAUUAAAAACGGAAGCCCCCAGCUGCAAGGGAUUCGCAUCUAUCCUCUGCAAAAGUUUGUAUCGCGCUCGUACUAAUUGGUAAUUGCAAGCUCGCGUCACAACUCUACUCCUUUUUCGGUAAUUCAGCAUUACAAAUUCAGCCCUUUAACUAGUGAAAAUUGAAGUUUGGCAACAGUGCAAUUUAUUACCACUAGCGCGAUACUUUUGCAAAGCAUAACAUCACGGCAUUGAGUACCAAUGACGUGCUCCGCGGAGACGAGACGCCCGAGUUGUAUAACCAGCGCGACAAUUUGCAUCCGAAUUGGCGCGGAAGUGAGGCUUUGGCCAGAGAGCUGUACGAUCGCAUCAUCACUUCUCCACCGUAGACAUUGGAAUCCUGUCACUUGUCACACAUUUGAGCAGGGAUAAGAUUUUGAGAGGACACCAGCUACGGGCUGUGCAAUGUUCUAACACUAACACACAAAGUUACAUUUUUCCGAAGUGUUGAGUAAUGUUUUAAAAAUGGUGAAGACUGAGAGUGAGAACCAAGGAGAAAUAGAAAUACAGUAUAGAUCUAGGCCUUUCUGCCUUCGUUUCGUUUCGGAACAAGAGCAGGAGCAGUUUUUGUAUUACGAUGUAAGUAUCUCGUCCGUGUUAUUGUAUGAUUUAGUUUUUCUGGUAGUGUUAGAAGUUGAGGAUGAGGUGUAUUUAUCGUUAAAAGAUACAACACGCCUGUUGUCGGAGCUGUGAUGCUCGGAGAGCUCCGUGCAUUUUGUGCAAAAAAAAUCACUAUUUUUGCAGACCACUUGCUGACUCUUUUAAGAACACGAUGACAGGUAGCAAUUAAAU